GUCGCUCUAUAAAACCACCCCGCCGGUCGCUGUCUGGCUUCCAGAUCAUCAUCGCCCACGCGCGCCACGCCUUGGAUUGGAGGAGAGAGUUAGUAGUGCAUGGGCAGCAGCAGCUUCGACGACUAUUCGUCGCCAGCGAGGGAGAUCAUGUGCAUGGAGAUCAGCAGCAGCGGCCGGGGGAGGCGCGGAGGCAGCAGGACGGCGGACGGCGGCAAGACCACCGCCACCAAGCAGAAGCAGCCGCAGCGCGGGCUGGGCGUCGCGCAGCUCGAGAAGAUCCGCCUCCACAACCAGAUGCUGGCCGCCUACCGCUCCGCCGCCGCCCAGCAGCUGCACGACGACGCCGCCGCCACCAGCACGACGGCGAUGAUGCAUCAUCAGCUGGUGCCGCCUACAGCCGCCGCCGCCGCCGGCUCCUCGUUCCAUCCGUACCAUCAUCUCACGAACCACCGCUGUUUCGAGGAGACGACGGCGGACCACCACAGCCGGGGCGUCGUGCACUACUACGACGGCCUCCUGCCGUACAGCAGCACUACACCGACUAGCCCGCCGCCGGCGGCGACGCCGUCGCUGUACGCGCACGACGUCAGGGACUCGUCGGGACACAGGCUGGGGCAGCCGCCGCCACAACAACAACACUACUGGAUGAUGAGCAGCAGGAGCGAUGGGGCCAGCGCCGAGGAGCUCGACUUGGAGCUCAGGUUGUAGUUGUAGCAGGGGACCUAUGCUAGCCUUCGUGCAAGCGACUUUUAGUUUGAUUAAUUUUGUUCUGGGUUGGUCAUGUAAUCGAUCGCCUGGUAGUUUGAUCGAUCGCCAGACGCAUGAUGCAUGCAUGGGCGAAAAGUGCCUGCCAUGCAUCGGCGGCUCCAUAUAACUCUGAGAAAAAAAAUCGGCCGGGAAUUCGGGAAA